AUGGAGAAGACCGGCCUGCAGCGCCAGGUGAAGCCCGUGGCCACGCUGUCGGAGCUGCCGGUGUUCCAGCUGAAGGUGCCCUACCCAGGGGUGAUUUGGAGCCAGGCAGAGCAGCAGUGGCGUGCAAGAUGCAGCCUUGGUGGUGUGGAGCGAAAUUUCAGGGUGAGGCCCAAGGACCACUCGGAGGCGGAGCUGGAGCGCUCCUUCCAAGUGGCAGUGGCAUGGAAGAAGAAGCAGAAGAAGGAGAAUCAGAAGGAGAAGGAGAAAGAAAGCAAGGCUGUGAAGUCCAAGGUGAAGCCUGGGAGGAAGCAGCGAAAGUGA